GAGAGGGGAGAAAGGGAGAGUGGGAGGAGAGCAGAAGGAGAAUUACAAGGAGAGAAAGGGACUGGAGUAAAGAUACAUUUGGAGUGCGUGAGGAGAGAGGGAGGAUGGUAGAGGGUGGGGUGUGAGGAGAGGGGAACACAAGUGGGGAGAGGAGGAUUCAGGAGCUCAAAAGACAGGAGGUUGAAUUGAGAGAGAAAUCUCUAAAUGGGCUAGUAAAUAGAAAGGGACAGAGAACACAGGGAAGCACAGGGUGAAAACUGGGAAAGAAAAUUGGUCUGAGAAAGAUUAUUGAAAGCAGAGACUGGGAAAAUCUGCAGGGAAAAUAAUAUUUUUUAAAUAAAAAAUCAAUAAAUUACAGAGGAAGCAGAAAAGAAUCAGGAGAUGAAAUUAUAGUUGGAAAGGUAAAGCAAUGGAAUAGAAGGGGGGUGAAAACCAGCAGGAAGUGUGAUUGAGGGAAGAGCAAAUGAGGGGGGCAGACAGAAAAGUCAAUGGUAGAAGCAUCAGACAAACAAUCCAAGCAAGACGAAAGAAGGCAGAGAGAGAAAAUCACAGGAGCAACCAGCAGAGCAAAGACUGUAACAAAGAAGCAACCAACUUAGAGGGAGCACAGGGCAAAUAAUGAAGCCCAGGGAGUGCUGACAUAACGGGAAAGUCAAGCCUAGUGGAGGGGCAGAGAGAGCAAAGAGCAGAUCAGGGAUACACAAGAAAACAAACAACAGAGUACCGAUUGGGGUGAGAGGACAAAGCACAAGAAGUGUAGGUUAAACACCAGGCUGAUAUAAACAGACUGCAGGAGGAAUAUAAAUAGAGUGCAAGGACAGAGUCAACAGAACAUAGAAACUGCAAGAGGAGUGUACACUCGAAAGACCUCAGCAAGUGCACUGACACAGCAAGAAUCAACAGGAACUGCUGGAGUACUGCAAGCACCAAGAGCAAGAAUUAUUCUGCAUUUAGCUGCUGUCAUUAAACUAACAAGGAGAAAGACGUACACACCGACUUGCACCGUCAAGAGGAAAUUGAGAAAAACACAAAGGCAGGAACUGGAGAAGAAGAGUGUGGCUGACACACAGCACUGAACAGCCAGAUGUACUCCUGUUUCUCCGGCUGUUAGUAUGGGACUAAUGCAAAAGGAAAGCAAGCAAAGUAUCUCUACUGCUCGCCGUUAGACCAGUGACAGAGGCAGAGAGCAGGAUGUUGGAGAUGGAUGACAGAUGCUGCAACUAGAUAAGAUACUACAAGUCAAAGCAAGCUAUGACUGCUGGCUCCACAGACUGCUCUUACUAACGGGUUGUUUAACAAAGUGAAGGCUAUUUAGUGGACUGGAUCUUUGAACUGUGACUGAAGGGGAGCUAUUGUUGGGUGGGAGAUCUCGUUAUCUGUAGAAUGAUCCCAGUUGUUUACACAGGUCCGCUUUGGGGAAUGUGAUAUAAAAUGGCAAGGUUUGAGACUUACCAGGAGUACCAGCGGCUUGUGGGGGAUGAGUACGAAGAGGAUUCCCCACCUGGUGAAGAUCUGUUGGUUCAUGUUCCAGAGGGACUCAAAGAUUCAUGGCAUCACAUCAAGAACCUGGAUAAUUUCUUCACAAGAAUAUAUCAUUUCCACCAGAAGAAUGGCUUUGCCUGCAUGAUGCUCUCUGAAUUCUUUGAACUGGUGCAGUUCUUGUUUGUUGUGCUAUUCACUACUUUCCUGUUCAACUGCGUGGAAUAUGACGUGCUGUUUGCAAACAAGUUUGUAAACCAUACUGGUUCUGGGUACCCAGAGAGGAAUAAAGUCACUCUGCCUGAUGCAAUUUUACCCACUGAGGAAUGUACCACAAGGAUUCGAAACAAUGGUUGGAUUAUCUUUCUCCUGAUCAUGGCUGCUGUGUUCUGGGUCUAUCGCCUGGUUAAAGUUAUCUGCAAUCUCCUGAGCUACUGGGAAAUCAGAACAUUCUACAUCAAAGCACUGAAGAUUCCCACGGUCGAGCUGUGCAAUUACACAUGGCAGGAGGUGCAGGCCCGUCUGAUCCAGCUCCAGCGGGAGCAGCAGAUGUGCAUCCACAAGAAGGAGCUGACGGAGCUGGACAUCUACCACCGCAUCCUCCGCUUCAAGAACUACAUGGUGGCCAUGGUGAACAAAUCGCUGCUGCCCGUCCACCUCAGCCUCCCUCUCCUGGGCGACGUCAUCUUCUUUUCCCAGGGCCUGAAGUACAACUUUGAGUUGAUCUUCUUCUGGGGGCCUGGCUCCCUGUUCCAGAACAAGUGGAACCUCCACCCCAAGUACAAGCGCUCUGGCAGCCGCCUGGAGCUGGCCCAGCAGCUCAGUCGGACAGUGCUGCUGAUGGGUGUUGCCAACCUUCUGCUCUGCCCCUUCAUCCUGGUUUGGCAGAUCCUCUACGCCUUCUUCAGCUACACCGAGGUGAUCAAGAGAGAGCCUGGCAGCCUGGGAGCCCGUCGCUGGUCCCUGUUUGGGCGCCUCUACCUCCGGCAUUUCAACGAGCUGGACCAUGAGCUGCAGGCCCGCCUCAGCCGUGGCUACAAACCCGCUGCCAAGUACAUGAACUCAUUCACCUCACCGCUGCUGACGGUGAUCGCCCAGAACCUGGCCUUCUUCUCGGGCUCCAUCCUGGCCGUCCUGAUUGCCCUCACUGUCUACGACGAGGACGUGCUAACGGUGCAGCACAUCCUGACUGCCAUCACCGUGCUGGGCAUUGUGGUGACGGUGUGCAGGUCCUUCAUCCCUGAUGAAUACAUGGUCUGGUGCCCGGAGCAGCUGCUGCAGUGUGUUCUCGCCCACAUCCACUACAUGCCUGACCAUUGGAAGGGAAACGCCAAUAAAUCGGAGACCAGGGAUGAGAUGGCACAGCUCUUCCAGUACAAAGCGGUGUUUAUUCUGGAAGAGUUGCUCAGUCCGAUCAUCACUCCAUUUGUGCUUAUCUUUUCCUUGCGACCCAAAUCCCUGGAGAUCAUUGACUUCUUCCGAAACUUUUCAGUGGAGGUGGUUGGCGUCGGGGACAUCUGCUCCUUUGCACAGAUGGAUGUCCGCAAGCACGGCAACCCGAUGUGGCUGUCAGAAGGCCAGACUGAGGCCUCAGUCUACCAGCAGGCAGAGAACGGGAAGACUGAACUCUCCCUCAUGCACUUCACCAUCACCAACCCUCGCUGGCACCCGCCCCAGGAGAGCUCGGUCUUCAUUAGCCACCUGAAGGAGAAGGUGCAGCACGAUGCAGCUGCUGGGCCCCCUGCUCAGCACCUCCUCUCCGACACUCCCCUCUGCAGCUCGCUCCUAUCCAACGAGUCCACCAAUGUUCCGGAGAACCUCAUCAUGAGCCUGCUGACGCACUCAGCACUGCCGGGCUCACCACUGGCAGGCAGGGACGGGGGUCCUGCUCAGGCCUGCAGUACGGCCUCUGCUGCUGCCAGCGUGCUGGCCUCGCUGUCCUCCUCUCACCACCCGGCCCGGACAAGGUCCCACACCCUCCUGGUGGAGAACGGUGCCGAGAGUUCCCUGUAUCGCAGCGACAGGACCAUCAUCGAAGAGAGCGUGACUGAGAGUGCUGGCUCAGGCAGAUCCCUGCUUCUCGCUAACUUUGCUUCUACAGAAAUGAGUCUGCAUGCUAUCUACAUGCAUGAGCUCCACCAGAAGACGGUGCAGCCACCACAGAUGGGCUCCGGGUCGCAGGUCCACAGCUCAGUCACUGAGCAGCCCACUGCUCCAGUGCCUCCGUUAAGUCCACCUGAAACGCUAAGGGCCCAUUCACAACUCCAUCUUGGGGGAUGGACGGAGGAGGCAGGCGGAGAGCUUCCCGACGGUGGUCCCAGGGACUCAGAAACUGAAGUGCCUUCUCAGACAAACAGGGUUUAAGUAUUUGGACGGGACUGACCCGGUGGCCUUACUGUUUCCCAAACGGCUGGUGGUGGGACCCCCAAGACCACUUCCCCAAGGCCUGUGGUCGGCAAGUGGCGCAUUUUUCCUGGGCUUCCGUUGCACUAAAGAGUGGCUUGACGUCUUCCAGUACCUCUGCUGUGUUCUGGUGCGAGGGCCAGUGUGCAGAAGGCGCCACCCAUGCUUCCUGGGAUUAUUUCAGAGACGGGUUUUUUUAAACGUGCAGAAGGAAUGAAACGUCGUUCGUGGCCCUCGUCUGUCAGCGGGGGCGGCCGUGACUGAAAGCAGCAAAGACCAGCGUCAGGCCUGGAGGGAGGUGCUGAGGCUAGGAGGAUGAGCAAGAAUCAAAACCAUGGAUCAUUGACACCCAUCCCACCCCCAGACCUCUCUACUCCCCCCAACUCCUUGCCCCUUCCCUUCCCUCCCACCCCCCCCCCCCCCACCAUGGUCCAUCUCUGCCCUGGAUCAGAUACCACCCUUCUUCUCUUCCUGGAUCAGAUACCACUUCCCUUCUCCCAUCUCUGCCCUUUGAGGGGUUGCAUUGGUGGUGUCCAAGCGCAGGGGGGUGUAGGUGCAGCAGAGAGGGUGCUGAGGGCUUUGAAUGCUGGGGUCAGCCUUUGGCAUUUUGUAUUGUACCAGCUCCCCUACCACCUCGCUGCUUCUGCCAGACCCACCUCACCUGGUCUUCAGUUGUGUGUGCAUGUCACUAGAAACAACAGGCAUGGCAGCAAUAAAAAUCCAUGUUCCAUGCAAAACCUAUUCUUGAUUUUCCCGCAAAGGUUCACUGGGCAAAGAUUAUGGGCGAGAACUUUCUCUUUGUGUUUGUAACCCCACCCUAGGAGAUUGAGGUCACUGAUCUGAGGGACCAUCUGUCUGACAGGGACCCCCUUGGUCAGGGAGUUCUCUGUUGGGAGGUGCCUGUCUCCACCAAGACAUCGGAGGAUCCAGCUCAGACCCAACAUGAAGGCUUGUAGAGCAUGGAAGGAGGCCAUUUGGUUCCUGGUUCCUGGUCCCUGUGCCAAGUCUUUGCAAGAACCACUCAGUGUAAAAUCACCCCCUGGUUUGGAUCCAGUUUCUCCAGUCCCAGUGAGUGUUCUGAUUGAAUGUGCUCGUACCCUUCCAGGGAGUGUGUUGCUGAUCACUGCAAUCAGCUGUGUAAAGAAACAUUCCCUCAUCUCCCCUCUGGUUCUCCCCUGCCCACAGUCACCUUCAGUCCUGCUUCCCUAGUCACCAACCCUCCUGCCUCUGGAACCAAGUUUCUCCUUCACGAUUUGGAACCACUUCUACUGAUUCUCCCUGUGACUCUCUCUGUUCAUGAUAAUAAAGUGUUUCAACAUGAAUGUUACAGACAGUAUCAGUGUGGACCUGGUGCACAGGAACUCUUGGAAUAACUGUCUCACUGUCUGUGCAGCAGCAGCAUUUCCAGCUCACUCUGUCUCAGUUCGGCAGUUCUUCUGUUACAAGCUCUCCAACUUGAUUUGUUUUGAGACAGAGCUUCAAAUAUUGUGCAAUUUAUCGGAAUGUUAGAUUUAUUUCAUGCCGGCACAUUACGUCAGUUGGGGUCUUGGAUUUGUGACCUCACCCUACACCAGGUGUAUAUUGUCUGCUUUCAAAGCUUCAUUCUGUACUCGCCCAAAGCCUGAACAUGCUUGUGCUGGUGGGAAUUCCUUGGGAACCAGUUUUCAAUGGGCAGGUAAUAGCAUUGGUAAAAGCAGAUGAGUGAUGGGUGUCAGAGAGUUCCCUCUUGUAAACAGUCUGUCGGUGGAAUAUUACUCUGUAUCUAACACACACGACCCUGUCCUGGGACAGUGCAGAAGGUCCUUUUCUCUGUAUCUAACCCUCAACUCCCAAUGGGAGUGUGUAACAGGGCAGUGCAGAGGGAACUUUACUCUUUGUCUAAUCUAUGCCCCAGGAAUGUGUAAUGAGACAGCACAGAGGGAGCUUCACUCUGUAUCUAACUCGCAUGUCCCUCAGGAAUGUGUAAGGAACAUCGUGGACAGUGCUUUACUCCAUGUCUAACCUGUGCCCUGGGAGUAUGUGACAGGAAAGUGCAGAGGAACUUCGCUCUGUAUCCAACAUGCAAUGUUCCUGUCCUGGGAGCGUGUAAUGGACAAUGUGUCUAGCCUGUGCCCUGGAGUGUGUGAUGGUGCAAUGCAGAGGGAACUUCACUCUGUGUCUUUCCUGUGUUGCUGCUGCCCUGGGAGUGUCUGAUGGAUCAGUGAGUGCUGGCAUAAGUAUUAACUUUGAUCCCCAGUAUUCACUGGACGGAGGUGCUAGCUGUGCGUGGUGCUGUUCUCAUUGAAUGAACUCAUUUUCAGAUUAAACAAUCAGCUGCUCGAUGCGAUGAUGUCAGUUAACUUUACAAAGUAAUGACUGCUAAAUAGGAAAGUUUUAUUAAAUAUUUAUAACCGAA